AUGACGGUCCCAAAUACUAAGCGCAGCCGCAUCGCGCAAGCGUGCUCCGGAUCUGUGGCACUGGAUGUACCCUCACUACUCACUAUCGCGCCUGAGCUACGCAACCAGAUCUACGAGUAUCUUCUCGUGGAACCUUGCCCUAUAACGUUCGAGAUCGCCAAGGUUGAUCUUAGAGAGACCAAGGUGACCAAAGGGACUUCUACCUCCAUAGGAAGCCCUGCUAUCCUUCGUACUUGCCGUCAGAUCUAUCAUGAGGCAGUCGGUCUCCUUUACAGCCGGAAUGCCUUCCGCUUCCAACACAGCAUACACGACGACUUUUUCGACGUUAAGAUCGUUAGUCCCAUGGAAGUAUGCAAGAGAUGGAUAGACGACAUUGGCUCCUGUCUUCCGAGACUGCGCACCAUCAAUAUCAACCUGGACGUGCCAGAGAUACCGGGGAAGUAUGAGGAUUGGAUGUUCGGAAGAGAUGUGCGCACGAAUUCCCGUCAGCCGAUAGACGUCUUGCCGUUACUGGACGUUUUCUGGAACAGCGACACACGCGACACAUCAGUCAUGUUUGAAAUGACCGAGGACGAUGUAUCAGACGACUACGGAUUCGGCUUCGAAGAUCAACAGCACGACGCAACAUCCAUCGCCAACGUCCUUUUUGAGCUUGGAAAGAACGAUGCACUCGAUUUACAGAGAACGCGUCGCUUGCUCGAUGCUGUCAUCUUGUAUACGAGCGGUACAAGAGGCUCCAUUAUAUAUCGGUCAUCCGGAUACAGCGGGACUAUGUCGCGUGCGUUUGAAAUGUCAACGCAGACCCAGAGGUACCACCUCGUUCCUCUACGAAUCCCAUCGACUAUGUUUGAUCUACCUUACGAGGUCAUACAUGCUGUCAUCCGUCUUGCACUUGGUGAUCUCGAAUUCACGUACGAUUUCUACAACGGUAUCACGCUUGGCCACCAACCCGGUAUGCUCAAAGUCAAUUCUCAGCUUCGUGGGCUCGUUGCACCGUCGUUUCUACGCCAAUGCCGUUUUACCUUACUUCUAGGUACUGAGUCGCUCCAAUCAUCAAAGGCAAUGUUCAAGAGACUGGAUUGUCUCAUUGCAGAGACUUAUGCGCAGACGAAAUUCAAUGAUUCCGAGCCAACGAGACUAUGUAAUCCGGUUACCGCAAGCAUAUUGCAUGGGAACGUACCGACCAUCAUCUUGCAGUUCCAGACAAACGAGGCGCCGCACAUAGCUGCCGUUCAGAUUGAUGCAUGGGAUCUCCUACGCGUCACUUCGGUCUUCCCAGCAAACACUACGAUGAUCAUUCGCGUAUGCGGUGGCGAAGACGAGAUCCAGGAUCAUACUACAAGGUUGGGCACCAUUCGAAAGGAUACCUACCGCCUUUUGAAGCAUCUAGAGCCCGAAACAGCUGCACAAGCCCGCAAGCUAAGUGUUCAAGUUGAACUGAAUAGCCAGUGUGUCCCAAUGCGAGCUACGAUCCGGAGGGUUGGGGAAUGCCUGCAACCUUCCGUUGUAACUACGGUGAAGAGUUUGGACUCAGCGGAAUUCGUCCUGUUAUUCGAUAAGCGCAGUCCUAGGUGGUUGAAGCAACUAAACACCCCAAAGGGCGAGUGGUCGCGCCUGAGGCCCACAGAGAACCGGCCUGGAGAGCACUAUGAUCAGGAUGAGUGGAAGGACCAGACGAUGUAUACCGUUCUCUGGCGUCUCUAUCGGCUCUGUCACUGA